AUGAAGUUCUCCGCCCUGAGCCUAUCUCUCCUCGCCUCUGUCGGCCUGGCAACCCCGGUACGCCGUGAUGUUGCUCAGUCGGUCUACACUCUGCGCCUGUCCUCUACCAACCAGCAACUCGACGGUCUCUACCUCACCGCUGCUGAGGCUACCGCUGCCGACGAGUCCACCGGUAGCACCAUAACCCUAAGUGUCUACACCUCUUCGCACCAGGGGCCUACCCCUCCUGCUGUCAAGUUCUACCCGGUGGCGAACCCCUCGACCAAGCUCAACGAGCUGCACACCGCUGGGGACAACGACGACGGGAGCACCCUUGCCGUGGUCGGUAGCAAUGGUUUAUUGGACUUUUCUCUUCUCGUCGACCCCCACAGCGUCGAGUUGCCCGAUGGCACCACUGCCGACUGGACGUCGUUUGCGCUGCAGGACGAGGGCGCCAGCCGUGACGAUGGCACGGUCGAGUAUGCCGGCCAGGACGGUGGCAGUUCGAAGGGUAACUGGGUUGCGUUCCCCGUGGGCGGCGCGGAGGAGCAGUGGACUGUGAAGUGGAAGGAUGAAACCGCGUGGACCACCAGCAACUGGAUGCCGGUGGAUGUCGUGUACGAGCUUAUCAAGAAUGAGUAG